AUGUCUUCAAAUAAAUUAACCAAACUUUUGGACACUAAUAAACCCAGGGCUCUUGAAAAUCAGGAAGAUAAUAUGGAGUGCAAUGAAAACGCCCCAAAUGAUAAACCACCAAAGGUGGUGCUCCCACCUAUUAAGGUUUUAGUGCAAGAUAGUGACUUUAUAAAGAAUCUUUUGCUAAAAAAUGAUGAUUACUCUUGUGAUGUGCAUCGCUUGAAUUUGCGCACACGAGUGUGGGAAUGCGUAUAUAUCUGUCGUCCAGAUAUACGCGAAGAUCCAGAGGGUCGUUAUCGUCACGAAGUUGUCUACGAUGGGCAAUACAUAUAUGUGCUGGGUGGUGGUACAUCGAAUUUAGUGUAUGAUUUACAACGCAUCCCUGCAUUUAAUUUAAUUACAAACCGAUGGGAAUAUUUCGUCACAUUACCCGAUCGAACAUCACAAACAAAUCUAACAAUCGAGCGACAAAAUUCCGGAUAUCCAAACCCACGAAAGUGCUUUUCCUGCGUACAGCACACGAAAUCGAAUGGUGAGGUCGAAGCAUUCAUUACGGGAGGCUUGCAGGCCGAUCAAGUAUAUUUUUCAGAUAUAUGGAGAUUAAAUUUUACUGCUAAGCAAUGGACACUUAUAAAAACAGCCUCUCUACCAAAUGCUUUGUACUUCCAUGCCGCAGCGCACAGUCAAAAUGGUUGUAUGUACAUAUUCGGUGGUAUUGAAUAUGAUGAAAAACGUAUACGACGGUGCAAUGACCUUUAUAAAAUGUGGAUGACCAUACCAUUAUUAAGUGAAAUUUGCUGGGAGGCAGUGUUACAUUACAGACCAAAUCUCAAAUUGAAUGGCCACUCACAGCUGCUUAAAAUGGGCAUACCAUUGCGCUUUGCACAGAGAUUGUGGCAUUCUUCAAAAGCCAAAUGAUUAUACAAUAAAUGAAGAGAUAUAUGGUAUGGUAUGUCAUGUAACGAGCAAUAAGAAGCGACAAUUUUUAUGUUUCAUUCUAGACAUAAAAUCAUAAUUAUUGUUUGCUAACCAUUUAGGAAUGACAUAGUUUCAUAUGGAAGAAAUGGAACCAAAAGAAUAAACAUAAUAAAAUAAGACAUUAAUAAUGAGUAAAAAUGAAAAAAGCUAAUUAAUAUGAA